AUGAUUGGACUUUUAUCUAUAUGUCAAGAAAAUAUAAUUAACGAUCGAAUAGCUUCAACAUUUUCAUCAAUCAUUCUGAAGAAUUUUGGCGACAAACUCAACGAUGUCUUUGCAACAAUCAAUGAAAAUGAAUGGACAUCUUUUUGUCAAGGUUUAAUAACACUAAUUUGUAUUAAACUAUUUUAUCAAGGAAAUGCAAACGAGAGAAGCAAUGCUUUUGAUUUACUCUCAAAAAUGCCUGAAGGAGAGCAACGAGAAUACGCAGCACUGAAAUUGCUUGAUUUAUUGUAUCAUUUGCCAUAUAGAUUACCUAGUGACGAAGGAAUGGUGCUGUUUGAAUUAGUUAAACCCGAUGAUCUCAAACUGAAAUAUCUCGAAUUAGCUGAUUCGCUUGAAAUCUACAUUAUGUACGUUACUUAUUUUAUCAACAAAUCGGAAGAUAAUGCGAAUGAUUUGAAAGAAAAUAUUAAAAGUCAACUUGAUAGACUUCUUAAAGAAAAUCAUUUGCCAACGUCAAUGUUUGAAAUCGGAGAUGCUGAACUUAUUAAUGAUACUUUCAAUCGUCCAUCUAAAGAUACAUUUAUCUAUGCUAUUCUAUUCGAUGAGUCAUUCAGUUCAUUAUCAACACAUAAAACAAUUAUUAAUCGUUUGAAUCAACAAUGGACAAAAUGGGAACAAGGAAAUAUUCUUGCCAGUGAUAUACGUACAUGGGAAAAAUUUUCAGGACAUCAAAAAGCUCUCGUUCAUAAAAUAUGGUCGUUAGUAGCUGAAGAAACAGGAAAACAAGAGCAAUUGGAUUCAGUUUUCGAUAACUCAUGUAAUGCUUUGAAACAGAAAUUGGAAACGAACGAUAAAGUAAUAACAUGUCUCAAUACUUAUUGUCAAGGGACAAUCGACAAAACGAAAUAUGAUGAUCUCAUCAAAGAUUGGCAUGCGCGUUUUGAAGUAGAAAAUAUUGGUUCAAUUGAUUUACCUUCCGAUUUAUGUAAUAUUGUUCCGUUUGCUGAAAAACUGAAUCCUUAUGCAACAGCAAUGGCUUGGCAAACUUAUCUUCAUCAACAAACAAGACCCAGUAGUAAAAAUCGAUCGAUAAGAAGGCAAGGUCUUAAGGAACCGAUCGAACGACAAUUCAGCGAAGAAAUGGACGAGGACGUGUGGACACAAGAACAAGUAUUGUCAAUAGAUGAAAUGGAGAUAUCACCCAAUGAACCUGUCAAAGUUGAAUGUAUGAGUAUACUUCAACAAGCCGUUAACAUACUUCGAGAUUUUGAACAAAUAUUAAAAUGUAUAUGUGAACAAGGACACGGCAUUCCAAUUGAAAAUAUUCUUCGAUUAUUUCCUGACAUUGGCCAAGCUGCAAAUGAUCUCAAAGUGUUAACACCUUUGCUUAAAAAGGAAAUGUUACCUCUACUUAUUUCCAUUACUUCGUUUUGGAAAGAUCGUGCUCGUGUUCGAUAUAUUUGUACAGGCAUUAUGAAUUUGACUGCGAAAAUUUCUGCUACUAUCGAUUUAAAUAUAUUGCGCAGUUUAUGUUCUAUCAAUGAACAAACAUUGAGUGAAAUAUGUUUUUCAACUUAUGAACAAUAUCGAGAAGAAUUUGAAAAGAAAUGUUCGGCCAAUAUUCUUACAUUACUUUAUUAUUAUGGUUCAUCAAGUGAUUUAUUCGAUUUUCUUGAUUCACUUACAGCCGAUGAUGUCUAUAAUUUACAAGAAGCUGUUAAUGAUUGGGAUGAAACAUUGGUAAAUACAAAAACAAUUUUUGAUUUUGCUACAGUGAAAAAUUUUCUCGAUCGUGCUUAUGCUGCAAUCACAGAUAAACAAAACCAAAUGAAUUCAUUGCUAUUUGAACAUAUAAUCGAAUGUUUCGGAGCUAUAUGGAAAAAUAAUCAAUUUGAUGGUCUUUCUAGAUGUCUUGAAUCAUCCACAUUGUCAUUAGCAAGUAUCAAACGUAUUCAUUUAGAAUUAACCGAUAAAGAACAAUCGAAACGACGUCGAAUAGCUGAUAUUUUACAAAAAUCUAAUAUAGAUUUCGUUUUACUGGGACAUUAUGAAAUAAGAUUCGAUAUUGAUGUUAAACUUCCGAAUCAACAACAGCAAGAAACAACAACGAAUGAUGAGCAAAAAGAACAAAAUAUAACAUUUGCCGAUUUAAGUGAACUUCGUGAUCGUGCACGGCUACUUGAAUAUUCUAGUAAUGUACAAAAAGCUGAUAAUAAGGAACAUGAUGUCGAUAAAUUGCGUAAAUUUAUCAAAUUUGUCAGUGUUGUUGAAACAACCUUAGAAACUCUAACAGCCUUGUAUACGACUGGUCAUCCAUCAGUUUCAAAAUUUCUGAUGCCAGAAAAACGUUUCCUAUGUGCAGAUGGAAAUUAUAAUGAACUAAUAGAAAAUAAUACUAUAUUAAGUGAUUUACUUGAUAAUUGGGAAAAGAUAUUGUUUACUAUGUAUGAAAUACAUAAUGAUUUGACAUAUUUUACAGACGAUCAAUUUUGGCUUAUUGAAAAAUAUAUAUAUAAUUCAUCGGCAUUAUCAGUUUCUCAUCCCGGCUAUCAUCUUCUUAGAUUUAUCGAUAUUGAUCCGAAAUCAAUCAAAACACCGGACAAACAAUACGACAAACCAGAAGAUCGUCUUGAAAAUAUUGGAUCUUUAUUAUCGAAGCAACGACGAGAAGUUGUUCUUCAAAAAGAAAAUUUGAAAAAUGAGAAAAUUCUUCUUGUUGAGACAACAAAUGAAGGUAUUCUUCGUGCUAUUCUAUCUCUAUUUAAAAAAACAAAAAAUUCAGUGCACAUUCGUCAUCUUUUCUAUUGUACAACACGAACAAAUUGGAUACAAAUUCGCGGAUUUAUCUAUCGUUGUUUCUAUUCACAAUCAUUUCAUCAACUGAUUCGACCUGAAAUUCUUUCACAAUCUGUUCAAGAUCAAUUUGUUCGUUUACUACGUUCAUUAAUGAAAGAUAAGCCUGAACAAAAUUUUCGAAUCGGUAUUAUUACAACAAGUAACAUUAGAAAUCAACAACUUAUCAAUGGACUUCGAUCGAUGGAUAUUGUCGAUAUUGUUCGUGAUCAAGAUUUAUUAAAUAAAACAGAUUUUCAAAAAUUAAUUCAAGAUAUGAAUCAAAAUUGUACACUUGUGACAUCACGAAUAGCUAGCCUAGGAAAAUCAACUAUUAUUCGUCAGGCAGUUGAGAAAUUAAAAAAGAAAUAUGUUAAAUUUCCAAUCUAUGGUGAUUUUGAUGUUGAUACAUUAGCUGAAAGACUUCGUUCAAAAUAUGCUGAACUUCAAACAGGAGCCAUUCAUCUUGAUAUUGGCACGACUGCUAAUAGUCAACAAUUAAAUGAAAUUCUUUAUUGUCUACUACUAUUUAGAAAUUUUCGCUUCGGACAAAUAGCUGUUUCGAUACCGACCGAGACGCUUGUAUAUAUUGAACUUGAUGCAUCACCGGAUGCAACUCUUAAUGAAUUACCAUUAUUUCAACAUAUAACUCCGACGACAAUCGUCGAAAAAGUCGAUUGGGCAACUCUUAAUAUAGGCAAUAAAGAAAUUCAAACAGUGGCAAAUUAUUUGCAGGCUAUCGCCAAUGGAAAAAUUGUAAAUCAGAAUAUCCAUCCAUCGAUGCUCAGAGAUUUAGAUGUAAAAACAUGUUCUGAUCUCAUUCAAGGUCGAUUUGUUCAAAAAAAAGAUGUUAAUUACAUAACAUGGACUCAGGUGUCGAUAUUCAUUACUAUAUUUCAUCGUCUAUUUACUGGUUUUUCAAACUGUAUUUACUUCUCAAUUGAUGUAGUUCCGGAUACAAGGCUUCGUAUGAAUCUUGUUGAAGCUCUUCUUCAAUCAUGUAAUGAAUUUACUUCACUUUCAGUUGAAAAUGUUCGUAAACAGCAACGAUCAACUGCCAAAGGUGAACAUACAGUAUUCAGUGAUGCCAUCGUUCGAUGGGAUAGAAUCCAACCGUUUACAUUUGUUUUCACGACAACUAAUGAUCCACUAUAUGUGUACAAAAGUCCUACGAAUGUGCCUCAAGCGCUUGUUGAAUAUUUUAAACAGUAUUAUCAAGCAAUAGGGCAAGCAUCAAUUCCGUUAACUACUAUGUUUCCUGAUUAUAUCACGCUUAAUCACAGUGAUUUUUUUGUCAAAUCAGCUUCACUCUCAUAUAAAUAUUUUAACAAAUCGAUUUGUCCAAAAUGCUUUGGACAAUAUAAUAUCAAACAAGAAAAAUGUGAUAAAUGUGUUAGCAAAGAUCUUCUUAUUCGACCAAAAUCAUUUGAUAACAAAGAUAUCGAAAUAUUUCAACGAGAUAUUGCAAAAAGACUUCAAGAUGAUUAUGUUCUUACAUCAGAUAAUUUUAUUAAAAUGCUUCUUAUUUAUAUGCGAGUACAGUGUGGUAUCCCUGUUUUGAUCAUGGGCGAAACCGGAUGUGGAAAAACAUCCUUAAUCAAAUUUUUAUGUCAAAAAAUUCUCGACGAAGAUCUAGAAAUUUUCCACAUUCAUGCUGGUGUUACACUCGAAAUAAUUGUCCAUAAAAUGAAAGCUUAUAUUCAGAAAGUUCAAUCUUACACUAUUGCAGAAAAGCGUUUAUGGAUAUUCUUCGAUGAAUUUAAUACGACAGCAAAUAUUGGUGUUCUCAAAGAGAUUAUGUGCGAGCGAACACUACUUGGAGAACGGUUACCUGAUAAAAUGGUCUUUUUGGGUGCUUGUAAUCCUCGACGACAGAAAACAGCACGGAUUCUUCAGAAUGAUAAUGUUCAUGUUGGCUUACGAAAAAAUCGUUAUGCAAUGCAAAAAGCUCUCAGUACAGGUGCCGAUCAACUUCUUUCGUAUAUGGUCGUACCUAUACCAGAAACUAUGCUCGAAUAUAUUUGGGAUUAUGGUUAUUUGAACGAAUCAACAGAAUUGACUUAUAUCAAAACAAUGUUGAACAUAUGUCAACGUCUUUCGGCUGAUUCAACUUUGUUCAAUCUUAUCGUUCAGCUUCUUGUUCACUCUCAAAAUCAUUUUCGUCAAAUUGAAGAUGCAAGUAGUGUAAGUUUACGAGAUAUUGCUCGUUUUUGUCGUCUUUACAAUUGGUUUCUCGAUUCCUUAAUCGAAAGAGAUUCGAAAAAAACAUUUCAAGAUAGUUUUCUUCGUCGAGCAAGUUUUAUUUCAUUAAUGCUUUGCUAUUAUUUUCGAUUGCGUUCUGCAAAAUUACAGGAGGAAUAUGUUAAUAAAAUGCAAAGUAUAAUGGUAGAAUGCUAUCCAAAAAUAAGCAACAUGCCGGAUUAUUUGACAAAGCAUAUUCUUGAAAAUGAACAGAAGAAAUUGAUUGAUGAAAGAAUGGAAGUGCCACCAAAUACCGCUCGAAAUCGAGCGCUUCGUGACAAUGUGUUUGUUCUUCUUGCUUGCAUUGUCAAUCGUAUACCACUGUUUUUAUGUGGUAAACCUGGUAGUAGUAAAUCAUCAGCUGUUCAAAUUGUUAUUAGCAAUUUGAAAGGAAAAAAAUCAAAAGAUCCUUACUUUCAAGCAUUGCCCGAACUCGUUGCUGUCUCGUUUCAAGGUUCACAAAAUUGUACAUCGGAGAGUAUUAUAAAAGUUUUUGAACGUGCUGCAAAAUAUGCUGGAGUUCGAAAUGAUUCUGAAAUAUUGCCUGUUAUUGUUUUCGAUGAAAUUGGUCUUGCUGAACUUUCUCCACAUAAUCCACUCAAAGUUUUACAUGCUGAACUUGAAGUUGAGAAUAGUAAAUAUGGUUUUGUUGGUGUAUCGAAUUGGCGACUUGAUGCAUCGAAAAUGAAUCGUGCACUCUAUCUAUCGACACCAGAUCCGGAUGUUAAAGAUUUGCAACUGACAGGUUUAACUAUUGCUCGAAGUAUGCAACACCAAGCCGAAAAACAAGUAGUUCAACUUGAAAAAUUCAUUAUUGAUAGUCUUUCUCAAGCCUAUUAUGAUCUAUAUGAGCAUUUGAAGGAAACACAACCGGAAUAUGAAAAUUAUUUUGGUCUUCGAGAUUAUUAUUCUCUCAUUAAAGGUAUUGCUCGUGACACAAUGACAUUAGAAGAUGAUGCUCAAUUGUAUGGAAUUAUUCGAAAACAGCUUAAAAUUAAUUUUGAUGGUAUUUUUGAUGGUUCAACAUUUUUAUGGCAACAGUUUUGUGAUUAUAUAAACAAGCAAAAUCUUUUUGCUGAAUAUACAAGUCCUCCAUUCAAUCAUCUUGUUGAUCAAACUCUUCGUACUCGUUCAAGUCGAUAUCUAAUGCUAAUUGCUGAUAGUGAGGGUGUAAUUGAUUAUGUUGAACGUUACAUUAAUGUUCAUCAACAAAAACAAAAAACUACCGUUCGUACAAUUGUCGGUAGUUCAUUUCCUGGUGAUCUACUUUCGGGAAAUACCUAUGCCGAAGAUUAUAACUAUCGAGUUUUAAUGGAUAUUAUACUUUAUGCGGAAACAAAUAUUACUUUAAUUAUGCGUCAAAUGGGUCAUCUCUAUGAUAAUCUUUACGAUUUAUUUAAUCAAAAUUUUGCUAUAUCAGCAAGAAAAAAAUAUUGUCGUAUUGCAUUAGGUGCACUUUAUCAUCCACGUUGUCUUGUUCAUGAUGAUUUUUAUUGUGUAGUUUUUAUUCAUAAACGUGAUUUAGACCAAUGUGAUCCACCAUUUCUUAAUCGUUUUGAAAAACAUAUUAUCGAUAUUCAAGCAUUAAUACAUCCACGACAUUGGUCAUUAUCUCGACAAUUAUAUACAUGGCUUGAUAAUUUGUUACCGAAAAAUCUUGGUAAUCAUUUUCCACUUUUACAACAUUUGUUUGUUGAUCACAGUCAAGAUCAAAUUUGUAAUCUUGUUAUCGAAGCUUUCGAACAACUAAACAUAUCAACUGAUGACGAAGAAAAACCUGAGAAAAUUUCAGAAAUUAUUAAUUAUUGUCAAGAAAAAUUACUUCGUACUGGUUCGUUCGAUUUACCUUUAAUUCUUUCGACGCAAUCAACUGACGAAUGUCAAAAAUUGAUUGAACAAUAUUAUAGCAUAUGUCAAUCAUUUACAUUUGGUAAACUCAUUCAAAAAUCUCUUGAAAGUUCUACAUCUUCUCUUCAAAUUAUUUAUACGUAUACUCAAAUCUAUCAUACAAUUGAUCAUCUUCCAGCUGAUGUCGAAGAAGUUAAAUUAAGUGCUUUUAGAACUGAACUUGAAUUAGUCAAAAAAGUAAAACACCAUUAUCAGGCAUUAACAAACUUUCGUCUUCUUCUAAUUCGUGUGGAUUAUCAUGGUGAACAUCAACAUAUUCUCUCAUUAAAACAUGUUGUACAAAAUGAAUAUGUAGCAUCGAGUGAUCGAAGUGUUUGGCUUAUAUUUCAUUUACAACGUAAUCUAAUCAAUCAAGUAAACAAUGAUGUUUUAUUUAGUGGUUGGUUGACCGAUAUGAUCGAUGAUCUUAAUGAUCGAGAACUUAUUCGACAAGAAAUAUUGAAUAAUCCUUCAUAUCAAAAUCUUGUUCGUCAGCCUGAAUUUCGAAUAUCUGAAUGUAUAUUCGAUGGAGAUGUUCAUCAAUGUCUCUUGAGAUCUUGUCAAUACGAUAACAUAUUUGAUGAGCUAGUUGAUCGAUGUUUAUCGAAAUUUCGCUAUAUAACUGUUCAAAUAAAUGAUCGAGAAUAUAUCAGCGAACGACGUCAUACACUCCUUCAACAUAUUAUUGAACAUCGAAAUAAUUCAACAUCAAAAGGUCUUCAUCUUCGUUCAAUUAUAAUCGAAAAGUUGAUGAUGUUGAUUGAAAAUCUUCCGCCAUCGGAUAAAACACGAUUCGUUGAUUGGAGACUUGAUGCUUUAACAAAUGCUAUUACUAUUGCAGGUAGGGAUCAGCGGUAUCAGCGACAAUACCGAAGAAACCGUCAAUUUUGUCACCGACAGUGA